CUGCUGGGCAAAUAAGAUGGCCACUGAGGAUCUGUAGCUCCCGGUCUUAUAAUACACUCAUGGCAGCUUCUAGAUACAGAAAUGGAAAACUAACAUCAGCUCGACACCGUCUUUAAGGCCGAUAUCCUACGUAAGGGUAAACAGGAACAAGGAGAAGAGAGUAGCCCACCCAGGGGGAGAGCUCCUUCUGCAAUACAGACCGCAGCGAUGUUAGCAUUACCCUAAACCUUUCAGUACCACAGAAAGCAUCCAAGACAAACAACGUGACCAGUCCCGAACAGAACGAGACUGCAGAAGGAUGUGGCUCCUCAGUCAGUUACGUGGUUCUUAUUGCCUCAAUAGUCGUUCACAGAUUUGUCUGUACAUAAGUGUGACACACGUUUCCCCACGACGUCAUACAAUCUCACAGAAGCUCUUGAUCUGUAACUCACGGGUGUUCAACAGGUGGCUCCGUGGCGCAAUGGAUAGCGCAUUGGACUUCUAGUCUGGCUCCUGAGGAGUGAUUCAAAGGUUGUGGGUUCGAGUCCCACCGGAGUCGCAUUUUUUGUACAGUUUGCCGGCGUCCCCGUGCCAUGUGAGGUGAAGGUGGUCCGUCUGGAAGCAGAGGUCCAGGACCUGAUGAACCUGAUCAGCGACCAGCACCGCUACAUCCAGGAGCUCCACAACAGCCAGGCCCAGCAGCUGGAGCACAUACCCAACUCACACCUGGGCCCCGAGAACCUGCACAGAGACUGUUCCCAGGUGUUUGCAGAUGGUAACGUGGCUAGUGGGCUCUAUGUGAUCCGGCCAGACGGUUCUCCCACUGCACUUACUGUUUACUGUGACAUGAACGAUGGAGGAGGAUGGACCGUCUUCCAGAGGAGGCGAGACGGCAAGGAGAGCUUCGACAGAGCAUGGGUAGAAUACAAGCAUGGAUUUGGAGACCUGCACUCCCCUGACGGAGAAUUCUGGCUGGGCAACGAUCCUCUACAUUACCUCACCUCCCAGGGAAACUACGAUUUGCGGAUUAACAUGGAGGAUUUUGAGGGGAAUCAGCGCUACGCAGAGUACAAGAACUUCAAGGUGGACGAUGAGAAGGACCAGUACCAGUUACAUUUGGAAGAGUUCACUGGGAACGCAGGGGACGCUCUGGCUGAUGCUCACACUCUCUUCCCUGGUGGGAAAAAAUGGGCCGGUCCUGGUUUGGGGUCAAGCGGGGUCAAGUUCAGCACCUUUGAUCAGCCGACCAAUGAGACUGACAGACAGUGUGUCAGACUCAGCAAGUCUGGCUGGUGGUUCAGCAGGUGCGACUCGGGGAAUCUGAACGGUCAUUAUUACAAAGGGCCGUACGAAGCCAUGACCAAUGACGGAGUGGUGUGGUAUACGUGGCACGGUUGGUGGUACUCCAUCAAAUCCGUGGUGAUGAUGGUACGAGCCGCUGACCUGGAGCAUUCACCGUCGGUCAUCCCCCCGUCAGUGGGGGCGCCAGGCAGUGCCGAUCGCCCUCAGCUGAUUGGCUGAAAGAAACACGUGUCAUCACUUUCUUACCUGUUUGACUUUGUUCACAUCCAUUGAAGAACAAAGUGAUGAAGUCGGUGUGACCCACUCAGGCGUUUCUUCGCAUUCAUUUUAAUAUGUGAAAUAAAAUAUGGCUGCUUUA